GUUACAGCGCGGUGGAAGCGGACGCCUGCGCAGAGGGGGUGAUCGUGCGCUCGCGCCCCGCCUCUGCCGAGCCGCGCCAGCGCAGUCAAGAGCCAGCGAGCAGAAGCAGCGCCUGCGUGGUCGUGGCCGGGGAGGCUGUGGCGGCAGCGGCGAUGGAGCCAGCGGAGCCCCCAAACGAGUUGGUGUCAGCCGAGGGCCGAAACCGGAAGGCGGUGCUGUGCCAACGUUGUGGCUCUCGCGUGCUGCAGCCAGGGACCGCUCUCUUCUCCCGUCGACAGCUUUUCCUUCCCUCCAUGAGAAAGAAGCCAGCUCUGGCUGAUAGCAGCAACCCUGAAGGCGAUCUCCUCCAGGAGCACUGGCUGGUGGAUGACAUGUUCAUCUUUGAGAAUGUGGGCUUCACCAAGGAUGUGGGCAACAUCAAGUUUCUGGUCUGCGCAGACUGUGAAAUUGGACCCAUUGGCUGGCAUUGCCUCGAUGACAAGAACAGUUUCUAUGUGGCCUUGGAACGGGUUUCCCAUGAGUAACUGAGGGGAUGGGGACUCAGAUCCACCCCAACUAUAAAAGCUCUCCCCACAAGAACUGGAGUUGGACCUUUGUAACUCCUGUGCUGCCUUCUCUGUACUAAUACAAGCGGCAAGCACCAACACCUCCACUGGAGCACGCACAGGGCCAGGCCUCCUUCCUCCGCGCCCCCUGCAUGCCUCGGGCCAGGUCCACAUGCAUAACGCGUCCUGAUCCCCCUUUCCCCUCGUUUUAAGACACUGUCAUACCUCCACAAAUCUAGUCUCAUCCCUGGCGCUCUGCUGAGGCUCUCUUUUACCCAGGACUUGCUUUUGUUUUUUUCUUGCUCUAGAAGAGCAGUAUUCAACUUUUUAGCCAUGACAUGACAAAAGAUGCUCAUGUGCUGAUAGUUGAAACUCCAUCUUUUUCUCUCAUUCAGGAAAGCAUACGGGGGCUGGGGACAUAGCUUAGUAGGUAGAGUGCUUGCCUCGCAUGCACAAGGCCAGUGGUUCAAUCCCCAGCACCACACAAAAAAAGAAAGAAAGCAUAUGCGUGCUGGGCACAGAUUACGACUGUAAUCCCAACAUCUCGGGAGGCUGAGGUAGGAGGAUCAAGGGUUCAAAGCCAGCCUCAGCAAUGGUGAGGCACUAAGCAACUCAGUG